AUGAACCAACAACCGAUCAAAAGACCUAGACUGGCUCUGAGCUGUGUUGUGUGUCGUCGUCGCAAAGUUCGCUGCGGUCGCGAGCAUCCAGAAUGUGCCAACUGCACGAGAAUGAAUGAGACCUGUGUGUACAACACCGGAGUUCGCGACGAGCUUACUGGCAGGGUACAGCAUGUGUCCUUGGAUGAUCAAAGCAGCAAUACUAAUAGCCGACCGACCAAUCAUCGUUCCAUGCCCGACACGGGAGUAUGGCCAGGCACUCAAGCUCCAGGGAUACUGGGAACACCAGGGUCUGAAGUGGAGUCCCCAAAUGCUUCGCCCCUUGAUCCUCGCCCAGGCUAUUCCACGAAUCGAGGUGCAAGUUCAGAUCAUAAUCGUCGGCCCUCGACAGCGGCAAAAAAUGCCCCGAAUGCUAACUUCAACCCCUUUGCUACAUCGGAGCCAUCAUCUGCGCAUAGACCAGUCCCAAUAUGCAAUGACCACUUGAGCUUAGAACAAAGUGGACGUUCAAGGUUUAUCGGACGAGCCUUUUGGGGUUCCAUUGCUGGGAAGGUACAAGCCCUAAAGCUCAUCUGGUGCCGAGAUGCUGAUCGCGAUUGCGAAACCCAAAGCGAUGAUUUUUUCAAAAGCUGCCGUGUUCCCCAUGAAAUGGAUUCAUAUGCUUCUGCUGCAAAGGUGUUUAGUCUACUGAAGACCCUGCCAACCAGGCCAGUUAGCAACGCCCUGCUUGAAGUAUUCUUCAUCGCAGUUUGGCCCAUUUGCCCUCUCGUGGACCGGUUCUCCCUGCAGAAAGACUACGAUGACUUCUGGGACUGGUGUGGAAGGAAUGACGAGGCAUUGCCAUCGCAGAAGUUUAUUGAUGAUCCGACGUUUUUCUGCUUACUAUUUGCGAUACUUUACUGCGGCGCAUCAGCCGCGCCAGAAGCUCACUGGGGCAGCGUUCAACUUCAAAAUGAGUGCAAAGAUACGAUCUUGCAGCAGCUGAAAACCAACUAUACCGCCAGCCUUUCCCAAUCUCGUCACCUAGAGCAUCCGACAAUCAACACUCUUGUCUCGGCGCUGUUAAUUGGACCAUUCGUUGACAAACACCAUGAGCCAAUGCAAAAUUUGGUCUCCAUAAGCACUACCGUGCGCAUUGCUCAGAGUAUGGGACUUCACCGUGAGGCAACAUGGUCGGCUCUCAACCAUGAAGCUCAAGAAACCAGGCGUCGGAUUUGGUGGCAUAUAGUCUGGCUCGACCUGCAAUCAAGCGUAUCUACUGGCCUUCCGCCCUGCUGUGGGAGCGAUGCUCUUGAUGGAGUGAGCGUGGUUGCUUCUGGAGUCAAUGAUGGAGCUAUCAUCAGUUCUGAAGUCUUGGACCUAACAUCAUUGUUCGUCAUCGGUCGAUCCGAAAGCACUCGCUUACAAUGGAAUAUUGUUUUUCACCUACAGAGCUUACAAGAAAUGACCACGAACAAGCUUUCUGAUCUUGCCAUGGAUGCGAAACGGCUUGAACAGACACUCGAUACACUCAUCGGCCGUAUUUCCACACAGACAGUGAUGGAAGGGACCAGCCAGUCCACUGAUUUUACAAGAUGGACCCGUGCGAUGCUGACUUUAAUGCAACUAGAAACAGCCAUUCUAUUGCACAAGCCGGUGUUGGUUUCUCCCAUUGACAAAGACUCGAACUCCAAGAAACUGUGGACCAGGUAUACAUUUCUUUUAUUCACUCAAUUAUUCUUUACUCACUGGUCUUGCAGAAUUGUGCACCUCUGCGUGGCUUACUUGCGCGUUUUUAUAUGGUUUCACGAUACUCCUGCGCUUUCACCCUAUAGAUGGUACUGGAACAGCCAGUACGGGCCCUUGCAAUGCGCACUUCUUACCCUGACCUAUCUCCAACAAUCGCACUCGACAAGCGAUAUCCCGAAGGCUCGGUCGUGCCUUGACGAUUACAUGCGUCUCAUUGUGGCACAAUACCAGGCUCCCAGUUCUUCGCCAGAAAGUCAUCCGGCCAGUGAUUAUGACACAGGCGAAGGCCAAUUGAACGACAGGAUGCCAAUUGCUAUGCAAUUUCUUAUUGAUCUUCACAUUAGCCUGGAUCUAACCUUGGGCGGUACACCACAGGCUGGUAACACCGCUUCUGCGUUGACAAAUCCCAUCUUGACGGGAAAUGAGCCGGGAUUAGACGUGGAGUCUAUUCCCAAUAUGGCAGAGCCUGAAUUUGAGGCAUGGGCCGCUUUUUCAUUGUCCCAGAUAUUUUAA